ACACUGUAUGUUGAUACUUAAUUACUUUACGCCCAGAACAAGCAGAAGUGCAAGCAACGACAACGACAACGACAACGACAACGACAGCGACGACGACGACGAGCAAACACCAUCAUCAGCAGCACUUAAAGUUACGUAUACGCCCCAUUGCACCGGCAGUAGUAUAGCUAAAAACAACACUAAUGCCAGUAACAACAGCAGCUGCAGUGCUCAUCACAGCAGUCAAUGCAGAUGCCGCCGCCGCAGCAGCAGUGCGUUUAAAUCAAACAUCAACUAUAGCAGGCCCGCCACCAGAGCCAGCACCAACACCAGCACUUCUGCUAAAGUCAAUUGCAAUAAGCUAAAGUUUGCAAAACCAAUCAGCAAUAAUAGCACAGGCAGCAGCUGUGGCCAAAAAUCGAAAAGUCACUGCCAGCAUGAAAACAAUAACAAUGGUAUGCAGCAGCAGCAGACGGGGAGGGUAACGGCGAUGGAGAAGACACCGAAGAGCCAGUGGUGGCGGCAGUGUGUAGUCCAUAGUGUCGUUUAUAUAAAAUGGCUGAUUUUCGAGCAUUUUGUAAAUCACUUCAUUACCAUGCAAAUUGGGGUAACACUUUAUGCUGCAACAGCAACAACAAAUGCAACAGCAAUAGCCAAAACAACAAUGGUGACGGGCAACAAAGCAGCCAAACCCACUUUCACUUCAAUCACUUGCACAAACACAAAUACAGCCACAAUCACAACCACAACCACAACCCCAACCACAGCUACAAAUGAAAAAGUAAACACAAACGCAGACACAACGAGAAGUGCAACAAUCAAAACUUAUAGCAGAACAAAAAGGAGAAGAAGAAGCAGCAGCAAAAGUAAAAGCAGCUGUAGUAGCUGUUGGAGCAGCAGCGGCGGCGGCGGCGGCGGCGGCGGUGGUGGUGCUGGUGCUGGUGGUGGCGACACGUUGACAAUGCCGCAAAUUAAAGGACCACAACGACAAGGACGAGGACGAGGACGAGGACGAGGACGAGGACGACGACUACAAGGAAUUUGCAUUAUAAGACUGAUAUCAUUAAAGAGAUUUCUUCAAAUUCCUAAGCAACAAUCAAAUGUAUUACUUAAGCGUAUAAAAAACUGCCUGAGCGCCAUUAGCACGGCUGUCAGCUGUCAGCUGUGGCGAAGAAUAGUACGAAAUGUGCGUGCGAAAGCGUCAGUGGCGGCAAUAAAUGCAGAAAUACAGCAAAUCAAGAGUAUAGAAGCAGAUGCUUUGAUAAAAAAAGAAGCAAAAUCAGUAACAGCAGCAACAACAACAACAGCAACAACAGCAACUGAAACAAAACCAGCAGCGGUGAAAGUGUUAAGGUUAUCACCUCAAAAGCGCACGUUCAAGCCAGUAACGCCUCCAGCGCUUUUGUCACCUACACAGCAACGGCCGCCACAGGCACAGCCAUUAAAAGCGUUAACGCCAUCAAUGCCAGCAACUGCAGCCCAUCAGCCAUCUACACUCCUUCCCCAAGCCACACUCAAACCGCAAACUGGAAACCAACUGCACGCUCAACCACAACCGCAACUAAUGCACUAUCAGCAGCAGCAGCUGUUACAACAACAUCUACUAAAAGUUGGUUACGCAUCCAUCUUACAAUGCGCAUCUGCCGCAGGUGAAGCGUUGAAGUGUUUAUGCCGUCACGUUACGCGUUUCUUAGUUAAAUUUCAUAGCCGUUGGCGUUUAGUUUUGCACUUUGGUCGCGUGUCGUUGUUGCAUCGCUCGCUCACUGUGUUGAUUUUGUUAUCUUCGUUGUGGCAUGGCACUGAGUGUUUUCAUGGCAGCGUCAAAUUGAGCGCCAAUACGGUGAAAACCAAAUAUGGUCUGUUGCGCGGCAUUGUGGUGCGCUCUAGUCCGCUCGUGGAAGCCUAUCUGGGCAUACCGUAUGCAUCGCCACCGGUCGGAAGUUUGCGAUUUAUGCCACCCAUUACGCCAUCCACAUGGAAAAAUGUACGAAAUGCAGAUCGCUUCUCACCCGUAUGUCCGCAAACGGUGCCAAUACCGCCUAACGGACCAGAAGCGCUGCUAGAAGUGCCGCGUGCGCGAUUAGCACAACUACGACGACUGCUGCCAUUGCUGAGUAAUCAAUCGGAAGACUGUUUAUAUUUAAAUAUUUAUGUUCCAUAUGAAAAUCGACGAAAAAGGCGCUCGACUGGGCCGAACAGCAUGGAGCACAUACACGAUCCACCCACAACCUUGCUCGCCACCCUGCUACUCAUACACGGUGAAUCGUACGAGUGGAAUUCCGGCAAUCCUUACGAUGGAUCAGAGUUGGCAGCGCAUGGCAAUGUUAUCGUAAUCACCAUCAAUUUUCGGCUUGGCAUAUUUGGCUUCUUAAAAACUGGUGGCAAAGAGAGUGCACAAGGGAAUUUCGGUCUAAUGGAUUUGGUUGCUGGCUUACAUUGGCUGAAGGAAAAUUUACCUGCCUUUGGUGGUGAUCCACAACGCAUCACACUGUUGGGUCAUAGUACCGGUGCGGCGUUGGCCAAUAUUUUGAUGGUAUCGCCGGUGGCAAGUGAUCUUGUGCAACGCGCAGUAUUGGUAAGUGGCUCUGCGCUAUCACCAUGGUCCAUACAAAGGAAUCCGUUGUUCGUGAAGCGACGUGUAGCCGAGCAGACAGGCUGUCAUGGCGAUAUGUUGUACGAUGAUUUGGCGCCUUGCCUGCGAACGAAGACUGUUAAGGAGCUAUUGGCUGUGAAAAUCGAUCAUCCGAGAUUUCUAAGCGGCUUUGCGCCUUUCAUUGAUGGCACAGUUAUAUCGCCGAAUACCGAUUCAGUUGGAGAAUUGACACUGCCUUUGGGUUCAGUCAUAGUUAGUACAUCAGGAAUUGAAUUCGCAAAUUUUCCAAAACGCGACCUCAUUUUUUGCCUUACCUCAGUGGAAUCGUAUCUGGAUUUGAGUGCACAAGAUUUGGAAUUUGGUUUUAAUGAAACACGACGCGAUCGCAUACUAAGAACAUUUGUUCGAAAUAAUUUUCAUUAUCAUUUAAAUGAAAUAUUUGCUGUGUUAAAGAAUGAAUACACCGAUUGGGAGAAAGCGAUACGCAGCCCGCUGAGUUCUCGCGAUGCUACGCUCUCGUUUUUGAGUGAUGGCCAUACAGCAGCGGGUCUCAUCAAACUAGGCUACAUGCAUAGCUUACGCGGUGGCCGCAGUUAUUUUUUACAUUUUAAGCACCGAACAGUCGAGGAGGAGUAUCCGCAGCGAACUGGUUCCGUUCGUGGUGAAGAUGUGCCUUUUUGGUUAGGAUUACCCAUUUCACCACUCUUCCCGCACAACUAUACAACUCAGGAGAAACAGAUUAGUCGCCUUAUGUUGCGCUAUCUCGCAAAUUUUGCGAAAACGGGCAAUCCAAAUCAUUCAGGUUUAGACACACCAUCCAUAUCUGCAUCAACGUCCAAAUUGCCGGUAUUCACAGCACAGCUCAUGGAGCAUGGCAAAGUGAAGCGCGCCUCACUCAAGUCGCUAAAUGCUGUCAAUAAAUUUUUCAAUCUCACCGCGCCGCAUCUACUCGCACUCCAACACGGCAAUGCCGUAUUAGAUGCGCAAGGCUCGCUAAAUCUCGCUUUAUUCUACAAUCAGCGGCGUAGCGGCGCAAUGCGUGAACGGCGAGCUUACUACAAGCGACACUUGCGCAAUAACAACAACAACAACAACAACGAAUCUAAUGAACUGUUGAAUGCAGCAUUGCAACGAUUUGCUGCUGCCGACGAACCUAACCGCGGCGAACAUUUGCCAUUUUGGGAUGCCUACGAUGUGGUGAAUCAACUCUAUUUGGAGCUGGGCAAUAAAGCAGAAGUGCAGAGUCAUUAUCGUGGACAUAAAUUGUCUAUGUGGUUGAAUUUAAUACCACAGCUGCAUAAGCAUUCCAACAUCAAUGAUCAGUCGAUGCGCCAUCAUCAGUUCCCGGAAGAUAUCAGUAAUCGUGAUUUGUACGAAGGCGUCGUACGUCCACAGCUGCAAACGAAGCCGCUAGACGAUGAAGAUACGGUUGUAGUGAAAACUCCAAAAUCGACCACACCCACAAAGGUUGUGAGCAACAAUACCAAAACUGGCGGCAAUGCCUUGGCAGGCACCGUAACGACAGAAUGCAACCCCGAUGGCACAGCGUACGCUAACGUCGGCGAUAGCGCAACCACGCAACCACCAGCAACAUCUGACAAUCGCUCGAUGUUGGAAGGUGGCACACCACAAAAGGACUUAGCCACCGCCUCCACGGGUAUCAUAGGCAAUUUGGAAAUGUUUCGACGCCUUAGCGGCAAGCAAUUUCCCAGCUACACCACUGCGUUGAUAGCCACUGUAGCUGUGGGCUGCUUUCUGCUAACACUAAACAUACUCAUCUUUGCCGGCAUCUAUCAUCAGCGCGAGAAGCGUGCACGCGAUGCUAAAACCAAGGAGGAGCUACAAGAUAAUGACACAAGCAAGAACUCCAGCAUACUCAAGUUGAAUGCACUUGCCGAUGAUGAUGGCAGUGUACAUUUCGAUGGCAUCCCUAGCAAAAGUACAGUGGUUUUUGGCGAAUAUAACUAUUAUGAUGAGAAACUUAAGUGUUCCAAGGAUGAGAAACUGCUCGUUGACUUGCCACCAAUAACUCAGACAACUGCACAUAUGGAAUUGAAUUGGCCCGGUGGUUCUGGCUCUACAAGCACAUUGGAUUUACUUAAAACGAAACAUCAUCACAGCAUUAUGGAGGCGCCCACUUGCAGCGGUAGCGGCAGCGGUGGCAAAGACGUCAAUGAAUUGCAACACCUACAAGCUAUUAGCAACCUAGAAUUGGCAACUUACAAUACACAAAUGCCCAUUGUGCCCGGUGGCAUUGCUAUGCUAGAGUCAGCAAUGAUUAUGCCUGGCGGCCGCCGCAACUCAUUUGCCACUAGCGGCAGUCAAACAACCAUGCAGUUCGAUUAUGCUGUACAAUCCUCAGAUCAGUUAUCUUUUAAAGAAAUCGAAAAUGCUGUUAAAGUCUCCACGGAUGAUAUAAUCAAUGAUAUGGACGAUGACAUACCAGAACCGCCACCGCCACCUAGAUCAUUUCAAAGCGUACACCACCAGCAACAGCACGGACAGCACCAGCAGCAGCAACAAGGUGGCAUAUUACGUUCGUCUGGCUCAAAUACGGUUUCGAGCACGAGCGGCAAGAAACGUGUACAUAUUCAAGAGAUUUCAGUUUAGAAAUAGAGUCUACAUAGAACUCAAAUACGAAUACUAAUAAUAACGUAGGUAAUGCAUACAAUUACUAAUGAAUACUAAAUAAUAUUGAAUAUCGUACAAUGUACUCCUCAUAUGUAUUUACAAUCUUAUUUAGCCUUAUUUUGCAAUAGUUUAGAAGUGAUAGAUAUGGUACGCUUAUAAUUUUCUCCACUUUCAACACUAAAAAUUUCCUUUGCUUUUCCUACGACUAUGUAGUUUGAUGUGCACGCGUACCAUUUUGCAUAGGUAUACAUAAACGAAUGAGUUAAAAUACAAAUAGUUCCACUACUUAAAUAUUGCAACUGCGAAAUCUAUUGUGUAUACUUACACACACACAUUCAUAUAAAUGAUACAUACUAAGUAAAAUACUCGCUACACUUCAAAAAUGUUACUUUCCAUUCAGCAAUCCUUUUUAGGGUCUCCAAACUGGCUAGCUGGCUUCUUAUUUAGCAAAUAAACCUAUCAUAUUCUGCUGUAAAUUAUAUUGUAUUUACGUUUUGUAACAAUUAAGAAUUUUCAGAUGCAAUACGUAUACAUAUUUGUGCGUAUUAAAAUAAAAUAAUUAUUUACUGUAUAAUAUUGUAUGGUGACUAUAUGAAUGUAAAUGUAAUGUAAGAAUCAAAUUCUUUUUUAGUACUAAUAAAUUUAUAUUUAUUGUUGGACAAAAAUUGGAGUGAGUUUUUAUUAAAAGGCAGAUUUUUAUUAAAGGCUCUAAAUAUUUACAAGUACAUUAUUUUUAUCUAAUCUCUUCAUAAGUUAAACAUUAUUUUGAAACAUUCGGUUAUUGGUUUUUAUUGAUUAACUUUUUGUUUUAUUUUAUAAAUUUUUACAA